UAAAGAGGGUGGCCCAGCCAGGGCUGAGUCUCUGGCUAAUAAGUUAAGUCGCCCUUUUUCACAGACUGAGACUUCAGGCCAUCGUUGGAAUGUAGCGUUGGUGAUUGUGAAACCUGUUUCAGCCCCCUCCACUCUCUUUUUUUUAACCAGGAACAGCGCGAGGCUUAGGACAUCACAUCACAUGCUGGCUCAAGAAGGAGGGACAAGUUCCCCCUCUUCUCUUUAGGCUACACAGCAAAGGCAGCUGGUCCAUCGACUCAACAUUGGUGAGAACGGAAACAUGAACUGAGCGUCUUUGGUACCUGUCAAACAACAUGCUGGCACAUGACAGGCUGUUGUGAAUGAGCCAUGGAGGAGCUGGAGCCUGAGGAGCAGUUCCUGCGAGAUGCCAGGAACGGGAACCUGCAAGGCAUCCAGAGGCUCCUCCUGUCCAAGAUCAAGGAGGAGGCCAAGAUCGACAUCAACUGCAAAGGAAAGAGCAAGUCGAACCUGGGCUGGACCCCGCUCCACCUGGCCUGCUACUUUGGACAUAAGGGUGUGGUGGAGGAGUUGUUGAGGGCAGGAGCUGAAGUGAACCUGCCCAACAAUGUUGGUGACACUCCUCUCCACAAAGCAGCCUUCACUGGCAGGAAGGAAGUGGUGAUGCUGUUGUUGAAGUACCAUGCCUGCGCCACCAUCAUCAAUGGGACGGCACAGAUCCCUAAAGAUGUCACCCAGAAUGAGGAGAUCAGGAGUAUGCUGGAAGCCGCAGAGAGAACAGAGGAGAGAAAACUGGAAGAACAGCUUUUGGAGUCGUCGAGAGAGGGGGCCGUGUCGACGCUAACCCAACUGUUGAACAGGAAGAAGCCGCCUGACAUUAAUUGCACUGACUUGUUGGGGAACACGCCUCUGCACUGCGCAGCCUACCGUGGACAGAAGCAGUGUGCCCUAAGGCUGCUGCAGAGUGGAGCCAACCCCAACAUAAAGAAUAAAAAUGAUCAAACUGUGUUUGACCUCAUCAGUGACCAAGAAAUGCGACAGAUUUUGGAAGGAAACGUUAAAAAAGGCAUGAGACGGCAUGUUCAGAUGUUUGAAGGGCCGCUUCUAAAAAGCUCUCGCUUCUUCGGCUGGCGUGCCUAUUGGGUCAUUCUUCAGGAUGGAGUUUUGUCGUGGUACUCCAAACAGUCCGACGCAGCAAAUUUAAACAACAGACAAGGAUGUAAGCCGUUAACACAAGCCAAUUGCAUGAUCAAAGCGAAGGAUAGCUCCUACUUUACGGUGAAGUGUUUUGAUGACAGUGUCCAUAAUUUCAAAGUGCUGCCAAAGCACAACCCAGAAGUAACCAGGAAGCGUUGGCUGGAUGCUCUGGAGGAGCACUCUGCCUUCAGUACGCACUACCAUACUCAGGAGCAGGCCAGUGAGGAGGAGGAAGAGGAGGAGGUCAUGUCCUUGAGUGUGCUCAGCGAAUCACUGCAGAGAGCUGAGACAUCUCAUAAGAAGCUGGAGACCGAAGUGCUGGCCUUUCUCUCCAUGGUGAAGGACAAUGGGAUGGCUGAAAAGCUUCCUGCAGGCAUGGUCCAGAAGGUUCGGGAUAUGUGUGAGCUCUCUAAUGAGACAUGCACCUCCUUACGCGGAUGCAUCGAUGUUUUCUCCAAACAGGAAGGGGCGCGUAGCCAGCGUCUGGAGCAGGAGGUUGAGAAGAAUAAGAUCCUGUCAGAGGCUCUGCAGACACUCGCUACGGAGCACCACGAGCUGGAGCAGUCGGUCGUCAAGGGCUCCUCACAGCGCAGCGCACUCAGCGAAGACGAAUUCUAUGACGCUGUGUCUGAUUCGGAGUCUGAACGCUCGCUGAGCGGCUUCGAGACUCUGGCCAGCCGCUCCGUGGACGACGAGGACGAGAGAGAGGUAGAGGAGGACGAGGAGGAGGAAGGCUCGGAGCUCUUCCGCAGCACACGCAGCAGGCCGGCCACCGCCAUGUCCCAGGAGGAUCGCCGUGGCGAUGAGGAGGACGAGGAGCCCAGGACCAAUGGGGUCAAGAAACACAGGACCACCUUGCCAGCUCCCAUGUUUUCCAGAAAUGACUUCAGCAUCUGGAGUAUUCUACGGAAAUGCAUUGGAAUGGAGCUGUCCAAGAUCACCAUGCCGGUCAUCUUUAACGAGCCUCUCAGCUUCCUGCAGAGGCUGUCAGAGUACAUGGAGCACACGUACCUCAUCCAUCAGGCCAACGCCACCAUCGACUCCAUAGAGAGAAUGAAGUGUGUUGCUGCGUUCGCGGUGUCAGCGGUGGCCUCUCAGUGGGAGAGGACAGGGAAGCCGUUCAACCCCCUGCUCGGCGAGACAUAUGAGCUGGUCAGAGAUGACCUGGGCUUCAGGCUGAUGUCUGAGCAAGUGAGCCACCACCCCCCGGUGAGUGCCUUCCAUGCCGAGGGGCUGCAGAGGGACUUUGUGUUCCACGGCUCCAUCUACCCCAAGCUGAAGUUCUGGGGCAAGAGUGUGGAGGCCGAGCCCAAGGGGGCCAUCACCCUGGAGCUCCCCAAGUUUAAUGAAGCCUACACAUGGACCAAUCCAACAUGCUGUGUGCACAACAUCAUUGUGGGUCAACUGUGGAUUGAGCAGUAUGGUAACAUGGAGAUCAUCAACCACCAGACUGGGGAGCGCUGCCAUCUAAAUUUCAAACCCUGUGGUCUCUUUGGCAAAGAGUUGCACAAGGUUGAGGGCUACAUCUUAGACAAAAGUAAAAGGAAGCUGUGCAUGCUGUAUGGGAAGUGGACCGAGUGCCUGUACACUGUGGACCCUGCAUCCUUUGAGGCCAACAAGUCCAAUGACAAGAAAGCUGCAGAGGAGAAGAACAAUAAACCGGUCCCAGGGAGUGGGGCUGACUCCAGCCCGUUGCCAGAGAGUGACACGGUGGAUGUGAUCCCUGGCAGCCAGCUGCUGUGGAGGAUAGCGCCGCGCCCGCCAAACUCCACACAGAUGUACAGCUUCACCCUGUUUGCGAUGCAGCUAAAUGAGCUGGAUAAAGAGAUGGAGGAGGUGAUCCCCAAGACGGACUGCAGGCUGAGGCCAGACAUCCGUGCCAUGGAGAACGGAGACAUCGACAUGGCGAGUGAGGAGAAGAAGAGGUUAGAGGAGAAACAGAGGGCAGCUCGGAAGAAACGCACACAGUCGAACGAGGACUGGAAAACCAAGAGCUCUGCCCUCGGCCCCAGAUGGUUUCACCAAGGUCCUAAUCCACACAACGGAGCCCAGGACUGGAUAUUCUCCAGCAGCUACUGGGAUAGAAACUACAGCCAGAUGCCUGAUAUUUACUAACAGAAACGCCUAUUCCACAACACAUCCUCCAAAUUAUACACUGUACACCUGUACAUUUGCAGGCCAUUAACUCUGCGUGCUGAACGAUGAUUCUUUUUUUUUUUUUUUUGUCCUAACCCAACAUUCCAGAUAUGACAAUGCGGUUCCCAUUACACAUGUUGCACACUGUAUGGAGCUGGAGUGCUGUGAAGCAAUGCAUAUUUGUCCCGUGUUUUAUCAUUGUUAAGCCAGCUAAGCAAUUCCUGCCCAAUGUUUGUACUGUUGAGUUUUACUUUUUCAAUUGACAUGACAAUGAUUAAGAUUGUGAUCCAAAACGCAAUCAUCAAAUAGCCUUGCAGUUGAAGAAUGAAAGCUGAAGUUGAAAUUAACAAUCAUAGGGUAAACCAAAAAAAACAUUAGCCUUUAACCAUUCCAUCUGUGCACUGGAAAUGCAGAAUUGUCAAGGGAAUAAAAAUACUUUAGACGAACAAGCUGUGAUAUCAAAGUGUCCAGUUGGUCGAGUCACCGUGAACUUUAAAUUGGGCUGUGUUCCAUUCUGAAUACUACAGCCUUGUACAUUUUUCAUUUGUGCAAAAACAGAAAAAAAACCUUGCAAAAAUACAUAUGCAAGCCAAUGAGAUAUUAUCUCAGUUCAUGUUGAUUUGUAGUCAUUUUGUCUUUAUGAAUGCUGCGUUCCCUUUGUGUCGCCACAAUGUGGUCAGAUUGAUGCAGUUUGAUAUGUGCAGGAAUAUUGAUCUUGUACCAUAAUACAUUCCUAUGAGGAUAAUGAGCGAUUUUUAGUGUUCAAUUUAUUCAAAUAUCUUUGUCAAUCCUUCUAUUGUGUUAAUGCACACAGACUGUUUUUGUUUGUUUUUUUGAACAGCAAUUCCCUAAAUGUUAAGUUAAGGAGUUAACCGAGCGUAUUUUUCAUGAAAUGAGAACAAUCACUGUGGUUUUGCAUUCCUGCCCAUCACAAGGGUUCUAUUCCAGUCAUUAAAAAUUGAAGGGCAGAAUAUUUUACACUAGACAUCCCAUUUUGCUGCAAAUCCAAAGUGAAAUGUGAAUUGUUUCUUUGUAAAUCGCAAGAAAGAAAGAAAAUGUUUGUACUUACUAAACUCAGUAGAGUAUUAUGUAUGUUGUCCUUUCUGUACAUGAAGUGCAUCCAUAUGCUGUGUUGCAUGGAGAUGAGUGUAUGUUUAAGUGUGUGAGAGAAAGCGGCUAAACCCAAGUGACCUACUGAAUGAAUGUAAAAAAAAGAACUAUAUAUACAGUAGAUAUAGAAAUGUAUCAAUGACUCUUGUUUGUCUUUUAACCACAAUACGCAGAAUUGUGUUUUGUUUUUUUCCUGUUACACAUAACAAGUGACCCAUGAAUUUGUUUAUGAGGUCCAGUUAAUACUCCAUGUACAGAUGACUGGGAGGCCUCUGAGAGGGCCAAAUGCUUAUUGGUUUAAAUCUCUUGGUUUGUUUGUGAAUACAGACUGUCCUCAUUGUCAAAUCACUAAAUAAACCAUCUAACAGUGAA